AUUUAUUAUAUAUUUUGAGGUACAAUAGGGUUCGUUUCAGAGUACCUGCUAGAGUACGAUCAAUUUCUUCGGUAGCUUGAUUGUCAUUCGUCGCAACAUUGCCUCACUGGUGCAUUCGGAAUCGGUGUCUGAUUGGAUUCCUCGAAUAGACGAGCUUUCAAUUGAGCAUUAGGUUUGGAAAAUCGCGUGAUUGUGCACUUGGACGUUUGAUUACUCUUUGUCCGUGUUGUCUGAACGGAGCUAGGGUUCUGGGAUGUCCAGAUUGUCGUUAGUUUAAUCAGGAUUUCGGGUGAGUAUGAACUGGCGAUUGUGUGUUAUUGGGAUGGAGAUUCUGGAGUUUGUAGCCUCUGCUGGGAAUUUCUGUAAGGCGAUUUGCUGUGGAGAAAUAUAGGUUUACAGGAGAGGUGAUGAGCUGGAUUGUUGAGGGCCAGCAAGGGCGUGUCGAGAAUUCGUGAGGGGCUGUGAAGGAGAGCUCGUGCGAGAAGUGGAUUGGAGCAGCAUGUUUCCGCAGUUUGCAAGCACGGCGGCCUCGCUCACGCGGGCUACGUCGUUGAUGAACAGAGUGGGAACAGAUGCCUAUUUGUACGAUGACCCGGAGGACGGUAACAUUGCAAUGCUGUUGGACAGCAAAUUCGAGGUGGAGAAAGUGGAAGGGAUGAAGCGCUUGAUCGCUUUAGUGUCCCAAGGUCGCGAUGUAUCAAGUUUCUUUCCUCAGGUGGUCAAAAAUGUUGCAACAACAUCGCUGGAGGUUAAGAAACUGGUCUACAUCUACCUUGUACAUUAUGCCGAAAAACGCCCGGACGAAGCAUUGCUGUCCAUCAACAGCUUUCAAAAAGAUCUAUCUGAUCUGAAUCCUCUUGUUAGGGCAUGGUCUCUUCGGGCAAUGUCAGGGAUCAGAGUACGAGUCGUUGUACCUCUCGUUGUCAUGGCUGUGACCAAGUGCACUCGAGAUCCAUCGCCAUAUGUACGACGCUGUGCAGCUCAUGCCAUCCCAAAGAUACACGCCAUAGAACGUGAUUUACACAAAGAAGCUUUGGAAGAGAUGGUAGAUUUGCUGUUAAAUGACAGCUCUCCAAGUGUCAUUGGUGCCGCAGCAUCGGCUUUCUUGAUUAUAUGUCCAGAGAAGCUUUCUAUUCUAGGUCCAAGAUUCAGGAAACUUUGUGAGAUGCUUCCCGAUGUUGACGAAUGGGGUCAAGCGGUCUUGCUGGACAUCCUCAUGCGUUAUGCUGUUGCAAGGUAUGGUUGUGUUAGAGGUGCUGGACAAAAUUCUUGUGCAAGGAAUGACUUACAGCAUAAGGUGCAGAAGAUGCAUAGUACAGACAAUUCUGAUCACUCUGCAGAAGAGGCGAGUGAAGUGGAACUUCCAGCAGAUAUACGAGGUUUGCUUCACUGGUCAACUCCGCUAUUUCGAAGUCAAAAUAGUGCUGUGGUCAUGGCAGUCGCUACUUUAUACUGGGUUUUCGCACCUGAUACGGAUCUGAAGAAAAUUGUGCAACCUCUUCUAUUUUUACUCCGAUCAUCCAAGGAUUCACACUAUGUGGUGUUGGCAAACAUCGCAACUUUUGCCCUUCAGAUGCCACCUCUGUUUGCUAGCUACUUCGAGGAGUUCUUUGUGCGUUCUUUUGACACUGAUCCGAUUCGUGCACUGAAGCUGGACAUUUUGACCACCAUUGCUACUGAAGCUUCAAUUCACACAAUUCUUCGCGAGUUUCAGGCCUACUUGAGGGACGUAAACCGUCAGUUUGCGGCGAAUACUGUGAGUGCCAUAGGCAGGUGUGCAGUACGGUUACCAGCUGUACGUUCUGCAUGUGUAGAUGGUCUGCUAAUGCUCGCCAAAGGAGUCAUAGUUGGAGAUGGAGUAAGUCACAGCAAAGACGAGGCUGAACAAUUGUCUUGUCAAGGAGGACUAAAAAUGCCAGCAAAAGAGAAGUUAAGUCAGGAGGCUGGAGUUGUUGCUCAAUCUGUGUUGGCACUUCGGUCCAUAGUGCAACAAAAUCCCUCUGAACAAGAACAGGUUUUUGCUCGCCUAGUUCGUCUUCUUGAUCACAUGAAAGUUCCAGAGGCUCGUGCUGUGGUAAUCUGGAUGGUAGGUGAAGAGGGUUUAAAUAGUGAACUUGUUUCCCAGAUGCUGCCAGUUGUUUUGAGAUACCUCGCAGUUUCUUUCACAAAAGAAGCAGAUGAAACAAAGCUCCAAAUACUCAACUGUGCUGCGAAGAUUGUUCUAAAGCUGGAGGAGGCUUCUGCAUCUAUACUGAAAGAGACUGCUACCUUGGUUUUAGAACACACCCUCAACUUGAGUGAUCUAGAUACGAAUAACGACAUACGUGACCGUGCACGGAUGUUACGGCGACUAGUUCUUCCCAAAUCACACGUCAUUUCACAGAGUAAGAAUAGGGAGAUUCAUUUGGAUUUGGCUCAACAAAUGCAGUCUUUGGGAGUUGACAACGAGGCAACGAAUGUGUCAAAUCAAGAACCUAAGACCGUAUUGGGCGCGAAUGGUCACGCUACAUUUCAACUGAGUAGAGCAGAUGUGCUUACAAAGCUUGCAAAACAACUACUACUUGUGCCCAAAGCUCCUCCCGUGUUGCCUGCUCUUGCACCUGAUAGAUCAUCAUUUUUGCCUGGCACAAUGUCCCACAUAGUCAACCAUAAUGCUCCAGGUUAUACGUCACUGCCGAAGCCUCACAGUUUGGACGUGGUAGCUGAUGGCAAUACUCCGGGUUCUGCUAGGGAUUCUACACUGCACAAGCAUGAGCGUAGUCUAAUUAGUGGUUACACAGAAAGUGGAACUGAAGCCUCUGGAGAUUCUGGGGGUGGUGAUAGUGAUGGCUAUUCGGAUGACAGUGGGCCCUAUGAUAGCGGAAGUGAAGACAGUAGAAACGAGGAGAGCUCUUCAAGCCAAAAUAUCCUGGGCAAGGGCACACAAAUUCAAGGGCAGGGUGGUACGGAUCUUGCACCGCUGAUUUCAAUGGAUGAUGAAUCUGCGGGAGGAGAAUUAACAAAAGGAAAUGGUUCUCUUUAUUAUGGCUUGCCUGUAAAGUCAGACAGAGACUUGGACUCAUGGUUAGACUCUCAAGAUGUAGAAGCUAAAGGCUACUCCCAGACUGCUGACCCUUCUAGCUUGCUAGGCUAUGCCUCCAUAUCUUUAGGACCCUUGAAUCCUGUUUUAAGCAAAAUAACUCUCUUAGACUAUACAAAUGGAGAUGGAUUAGACGUAAAAUACACCUAUGUGAGGGAGCCUGCAAUUUGCUCACAGGAAAUGGUAUGUCUUCGGCUGUAUUUCUUCAACCGAUCUGGAGACCCAAUGUUGAAAAUAUCUGUGAAGGGAAUGGAGGAGCCAGCCUCAGUUGAUAAUGCGGAUCAAGCAGGUGUAACUUCGGAAGGUCGUAAGGUGAUUUCUUUCGAGGAGAUAGCUGAAUUGGCUCCUGGUGAUACUAUUGAAAGAGAUCUUCAGGUUGAGUUCAAGCAUCAACUCACACCUAUCAAACUCUUUGUUGUGUUGAAUGGAAAAACGUACCCAGCGAAGAUCGCUCCCGAGGUCGGGGCUCUUGUUUGUCCGUUGCAAUUGACUCGAAAUCAGUUCAUCACUGCCCAAUCGCGUAUUUCAGGAAUGCUUGAAUCGUCUCGCAGGUGCCUACUGGGUAGCUCCUACUCGCAAACCAGCAAUACUGGAGACGAUAAGAUUCUUUUUAUUUCACGAGCAAUUGCCUCUAGUGUCCUAAGAGUUGCCCAUGUAGCAGUGGUUUCUGCAACCCUUCCAAUUUCUGAUGCCAUAGGCUUCAGCGGUUUACAAUUAUGUUUUGCUGGUGAGACUUUGACUGAGCGGCUCAAGUGUCUCAUCUCUGUAACAUUUGAUACAGAGAAUGCAGUUUUGAUCAAGGUGAACUGUGAGGACACGGUUUUUGGGCUGAAUCUGCUCAAGCAGCUCGAGACCAUCCUCAGUUCAUAGCAUGACACUUCAUAGUCCGAUACUAGUCAUUGAGCACCACAUUUUGAGGCUCGUGUAUUAUUCAUGUACGAAGGAGUUGAGCAUGUAUAUGUGAAUACCUAGCACUUCUUUAAGUUACAUAACAAAUGAUUUGGCUCCACCCUUUCAUGUUGAGAAUAAAGUCGCUCUUCUGAACCUGAAGUGCGAAUUUUUAAUGAGUAA